AUGAAUAUGAUAACAAAUAUUAUCUUAAAUAUUACUAAAAAACCUAAGCAUUACUCCCAUAUAGAUGAUUCUUUUAUUGCUUCUGAUACUUCAUGUUUAAAAGUAUAUUCUACAAGAGAGAAGAUAAAUAAAUUUUUUUUUCCUAUUAAAUUUUUUUUAUUUAUUUUUUUAAUUUGGAUAUUACAAUGUUCCAAUAAC